AUGAACAUCAACGGAACGAUCCCACCCUUCAUUUGCGACCUCAACAACCUGACAGUUCUUGACUGUUUUAACAACAGCUUCACUGGAAUGUUCCCUGUGGCUCUCUUUAAUUGUUCCAAGCUCCAGUUCUUGGACCUCUCCCAAAACCUCUUUGUUGGCUUCAUUCCUGAUGAUAUUGACCGCUUCUCCCGGCUCUCAUCCCUGAACGUGUCUGGUAAUAACUUCACUGGUAACAUUCCAGCCGCUAUUGGGCGGUUGCAGAAGCUAAAAGAACUUGGUUUUGAUCAGAAUAAGUUUAACGGUACUUUCCCUCCGGAAAUUGGCAACUUGUCCAACCUUGAAAGGCUGUCUAUGGCUUACAACGGUUUUUUACCUUCAAGACUGCCUUCCAGUUACACCCAGCUGAAGAAACUCAAGUGGUUCUGGAUUUCUCACUCAAAUCUGAUUGGAGAGAUUCCAGAAGCGAUCGGAGAAAUGGUGGCACUGGAGCGCUUGGAUUUAGCAGGAAAUAGACUAACAGGGAACAUUCCCACUAGUUUGUUCAUGUUGAAGAACUUGAGUGUGCUGUAUCUUUUCAAGAACCGGCUAUCGGGGGAGAUUCCUCGUGUUGUUGAAGCUUUGAACUUAGUUGAAAUCGAUCUUUCAGAUAAUAAUUUGACAGGGACAAUACCUGUUGAUUUUGGAAAGCUUCGGAAAUUAUCACUUUUGAAGUUGUUCUACAAUCAGUUAUCUGGUGAAAUCCCACAGAGUAUUGGUCGUCUUCCAGCAUUGAUAGAUUUUAGCUUGUAUAGCAACAAUUUAUCAGGUGUUCUCCCUCCGGAACUGGGCCGAUAUUCAAAGCUUAAAACUGUUGAGGUUUCAUCCAACAGGCUCAUUGGGAGGCUGCCUGAAUUUUUACGCAAUGGAGGAAAUUUAGCAGGAGUGGCAGCCUUUGAUAACAAUCUCAAUGGGGAGUUGCCAGAAUGGCUUGGGAAUUGCAGUAGUUUGCUCAUAGUAAGUAUUCACGUAAUGCAUUUACAGGAAAUAUUCCUGUUGGUCUAUGGACAGCUUUCAAUUUGA